GUCCUUAUCUAAGAAAUGUUUCCGGUUAGUAAAUCUUUUUUUUUUUCAAAUAUAGGAACUAUCUUGCUUUCGGCGGAUUAUUCUCAGUUGGAACUUCGAAUAUUGGCGCAUUUGAGCGAAGACGCAUGUCUUUGUUCUGUUCUUAGCCAACCCGAUGGCGAUGUUUUCCGCGGCAUUGUAUCGGUUUGGAAAAAGAAAAAGCAAGACGAAGUCAGAGACGAUGAAAGGCAACAAGCGAAACAAAUCUGCUACGGGAUUGUUUACGGCAUGGGAUGUAAAAGUUUAGCCGAACAGUUGGAAGUCGGGGAAGAAGAGGCUCAACUCUUUGUUAACACUUUGCACGCAACGUAUCCCAGUAUACAAAGCUUUAUAACAAACACAGUUAACCAGUGCCGCACGAAUGGAUUUGUGGUUACGCUUCUUGGUAGAAGAAGAUUCUUACCAGCCAUCAAUAGCAACAAUGCAGUUCAAAGAGCUCAAGCGGAACGGCAAGCAGUGAACACUAAAAUUCAAGGUUCAGCAGCAGAUCUAGUGAAAACUGCCGUAAUUCUUCUGAAUCGUUCGUUGAAUGAGAAACUGGCUGGUGUUCAUUUGGUACAUCAAAUACAUGAUGAGUUGCUUUUCCAGGUACCAGUAAAAAGUAUGGAACGCGCUGCUCGUGUAGUGCGGCACUGCAUGGAGACGGCUAUUCCAAUGAAAAUUCGCUUGCCAGUAGCUAUUAAAACAGGGAAAACAUGGGGAACUAUGGAGCCCUACAAAAGCUAAUUAUCUGUGAUUCACAAUAUCAACCACUUGACUCAUGAUCCUAAUUCACCAAGUCUUCGUCUAGGGAGUGGCCAAGACUUUUUUUUGUGUUGAAAACCCGCAGAGCAAAACCGUCGUAAUGCUCGUGCACCUUCGUGAAAUUGGACUACAAUUAGUGAAUUGAAAAGUAUUGCAUGCAUAAAUCUAUAUAUUUUUUAGAUUUUCACAUGUUUGUGGCUCUAUUGUUAUUCUUUACACGAUUAUUAAUAAUUUUAU